AUGUCUAACAAGGAUGAAGGAUCUUCGAAAAAGGAUGUGAAGAAUGUUGAAGGACUUAGUGAGCUGCUUGAUGAUGCCUUGAAGGGAUUCACAGAUCGUCCACGAACUACAGAUGAUGAGCUUGAUGAAAUUAUGGCUGAACAAGAUCAGGCGGCUGCACAGAAAGCAGCUGGAGAGUUUCAAGCCAUGUUGCAGCAAAUGGUAAAAGUUCAAGAGGAGGCACUGCGACAGGCUGAGAGCUCUGGCCAGCAAGCGGUUGAAAAUGACAAGGAAGUGAAAGAGAUGAUUGAAGCAAUGAAAGCGUUGAUGGAAAGCAGUGGGAAGAUCGCGAAUGCCUCCAAUCCAGACGAUUUUGUUGCUGGCCUUGAUAUGCUGAAAGCUCCGGGAUCUCCAAUGGAGCCAUUUAUGGCCAUGAUACUCCAGACUCUUGCAUCAAAAGCUGUCAUGUAUCCACCAUUAAAAGAGAUCCACGACAACUAUCCGGCUUACUUCAAAGAGCAUGGGUCAUCUCUAGACAGCGACACCAGGCAACGAUAUGAAAAACAGUAUGAGAUACUUGGCAAGAUCUGCCACGAAUUUGAGAAUCAACCGGACGAGCCGGCACCAGCUUCGAGUACAGCAAAUGAUGAUAUACCGAAUAUGAGAAUGGACUCGAAUUCCACACCUGACUUGUCCAAUUUUGAGGCCCUUGGAAAGUUGUUAGUAGAACUGCAAACAUACGGAUAUCCUCCAAAAGAGCUGACAGGGGAUCUGCCUCCUGGAUGGGCUGUCGAUGACACUACUGGACUACCUAAAGUUGACGAUAUCUCUACGGCUGCUAAUUCGUGCACCCUGAUUGUGGAUCGUGCUUAUAAGCGCUUUGCUUGCGAGGAUUACGAUAACAUAGCCUAUCUGCACCAUCCUAGCGGUGUCUGCGUAGUGGUUCUUCGCGAACAUUUGGAAAGCGAAGUCACAGAAGUGGACUUUGGAAAUACCAAGAAAAACGGGUUAUCAAGAGCAGAUCAUGUUGUCGUAGGGAAAGGAAAAAAGGGCGGCCUUCAUUUGCAGAAAGAAACUCGAUUAUGCACUAUACGAUGCAAGGAUGGCAAAGAAAUUAUAAUUCGGGCGGGAGUUCGCGGUGUUCUAGCUGAAGUAAAUGAUCGGUUGGCAACAAAUCCAGACUUGGUACGUACUGCUCCUGAGAAUCAGGGAUAUAUCGCUAUCAUCACAUUUGGCGCUGGCAAACGAAAACCGGAUGAGUUUGUUACUGAAUUGCCACCAAAACGAGUCUUUCUCAAGAAUUAUGAGAUCGAAAGUGAAGCAUGAUUUGUAAAAUACGUUGCCGAAUAUAUGUUAACUUUUUUUGGCUCUCUUUGUUAUUGUUGGAACUCAAGUUUAUAUGCGGGAAACUAUUUGACGUUAAUUUCUUUGUGUGAGAUCGCACUAAGUUUUGUUAUUAAAGAUCUCAUUUGUUGAAUGAGUCUUUGUCUCAAUAAUCUUCUACGAAAUAAAGCUUCCAUCUCAC